GUCUCAGUAGACCACAGAGUGAACAUAUUCCUCCAAAAGAAACAGUCUCAGAAAACAACAAAUAUAAAGAUGAGGUGCUUGACAACUGUUGCUCUUUCACUCUCUCUGUUUCUUGUGGGACUGGUCGGACCAAUCCAAGCUCAAUUGCAAAUGAACUUCUACGCCAAUACUUGUCCUAACGCCGAGAAGAUCGUUCAAGAUUUUGUUUCAAACCACAUUUCUAAUGCUCCUUCUCUUGCUGCUGCUCUCUUGAGAAUGCAUUUCCACGAUUGUUUUGUUCGGGGUUGUGAUGGCUCAGUGCUUAUAAACUCGACGUCAGGAAACGCGGAGAAAGACGCAGCUCCUAACUUAACGGUUAGAGGAUUUGGCUUCAUUGAGGCAAUCAAAGCUGUGCUUGAAGCUCAAUGUCCUGGAAUAGUCUCUUGCGCUGAUAUUAUCGCUCUAGCAUCUCGAGACGCCAUUGUUUUCACCGGAGGACCAAACUGGAGUGUUCCGACCGGAAGAAGAGAUGGGAGGAUAUCGAACGCAUCAGAGGCAUUAGCCAACAUUCCUCCUCCGACCAGUAACUUCACCAAUCUUCAGACACUCUUUGCAAACCAAGGACUUGAUCUUAAAGACCUUGUCUUACUCUCCGGGGCUCACACUAUUGGUGUAUCUCAUUGCUCGUCUUUCACAAACCGUCUCUACAAUUUCACGGGUCGUGGAGACCAAGAUCCUGCCUUAGACAGCGAAUACGCAGCAAAUCUCAAGUCUAGGAAAUGUCCUAGUCUCAAGGAUAACACGACUAUCGUGGAGAUGGAUCCAGGGAGCCGUAAGACGUUUGAUCUAAGUUAUUACCAGCUCCUUCUCAAGCGUAGAGGUCUGUUUCAAUCAGACUCUGCUCUCACCACCAACCCCACAACGCUCUCAAAUAUAAACCAGAUCUUGAAGGGUUCGGUGGAAGGUUUCUUCUCUGAGUUUGCCAAGUCGAUGGAGAAAAUGGGUCGGAUAAAUGUCAAGACUGGGUCAUCAGGAGUGGUUAGAAAGCAAUGUUCCGUUGCAAAUAGUUAAAGGGGUAAUAAUUUUGAGUAUGUGGGAGUUUGGGGGUAUUUGUGAAAAAUAAUAAGGAUGAUGCUGUGUGUAUGGAUUUGGUUAUAGACUUGGUCAAUAAAGAGAUGUUCUUGUCUUGUAGGAAUCAUGACAUUUUAGUUGGUUCGAGUACAUUGCCAUUUCAUUUA